AUGUUUACCGUUAGCUCAGAGUCUUGCUUCAAUAUUAAAAAGUUUCAUACUAAUCUUUGUCUGAGGCCCUUAUGGGCAUUCAAAAACGGCGAUAUUCUAAUGAACAAACCAAGAGAUGCUGUUUUAUGUGACCUAAAGAUAGGAAGAGGAAUUGCAACAUUUGAUGCGGGCGGUGUUUCAAUGACAAUAAGUGAACCAAAUUAUUCUGUGGAGAGCCUAGUUUCUCUCAACACAGGUACUUAUUAUAUAUUGCAUGGGGGAAAAUAUACACGAGUAGCUAAAGAAGAUAAGGGACGCAAGUAUGCAAGAAAGAAGAAGAAUUCAGGCAUAAUCAAGCAAGUUCAUGUUUCUUUUAUUAGCAAGAACCCAUUUCAGUCUUUAUCUGUUGAUGCUGAUGUUGAAAUGGUUGAGUCAAAUAGCUACAUUGAUAAAACAUCACAAGAAGAUGUGCAAGGCAAAGGAGAAAACCCGAAUCUCUACCAGAAGCAGCAACAACUACGCCAAAAUAUGUGGAGCCUACCAGAAGAAAUACAAGAAGAGAUUAUUCUGAGGUUACCAGUGGCAUCCGUUAACAUUUCUAAUUGGGACCCUUUAAAUAUCUUUCACUCCAUUGUUGACUAUCCGAGGGAAUUAUCGUUAUGUGAGAGACCUGUUAAGAGGGAUGAAAAACGAUAUCAGUGCAUCGAUAUUUUGGGUUAUUGUAAUGGCUUGAUUUGUUUACGUAUUAGUAGUUAUAAUGGAUAUCUCUUUUAUAUUUGGAAUCCAUAUACCGGAGAAUAUAAGAAAAUACCUAGAGUAGAACUGUGGGAAUUUCGUGAAAAUUACAAUAUCUCCGAAUGGUGGAUUCGUUAUGGGUUCGGUUACGAUUGUGUUAGGGACGACUAUAGGUUUGUAAAAAUUGGGAAAUACAGAAUUCAAGUUUAUACAUUAGGAUCUGAUUCAUGGAAUAAUACUCGAUCGAUUCCGUACUAUUUUCCUGGUACCAAUUCCAUACAUGAUUGUGGUGUGCCAUUUAAUGGAGGUCUUUACUGUUUAUGUACCAAAGACACUGAAGAAACCUCCACUGAAGUUAUUGAGUCUUUUGAUAUUAGCAGUGAGAAUAUUGUGGAUGUGCCACUACCAAAAACUAUGCCAAAAUCACUCACAAGAUCUGUGGGAGUGUUGAGAGAUUGCCUUUGUUUACUUGCUAGAGUAUCGUAUAACGACUUAGACGUAUGGGUGAUGCAAGCUUAUGGAGUUAGAGAAUCUUGGACUAAAACGUUUACCAUUGGCUCAGAAUCUGAUAGCUUUUAUCAGUCUUUUUGUCCUUGGCCUGUAUGGGCAUUCCAAAACGGCGAGAUUCUGAUGGACAAAUCAAGAGAUGCUGUUUUACGUGACCUAAAGAUUGGAAGAGGACUAGCAACAUUUGAUGCGGGCAGUCUUCGAAUGUCAAUGAGUGAACCAAAUUAUUCUAUGGAGAGCCUUGUUUCACUCGACUAG